AACUUUUUGUUCAUAUGACAUGAUUUCUUCAGUUCUUCGUAUGUUUUUCAGCAUUUUUAUUCUUUGCAUGCUUUAAAUUGAGAUAAAAAAAUGAGCAACGUGUAAAUUCGGAGGUAUAACUUUGUGGUCGCGGCUUGGCAACUACAAAAAUUACCAAAACAAAACCAAAAUACAUCAAUGAUUAAUUAGGUGUAACUCUAUUUGAUGUGUACUACUCACAAAUUUACAUUUUUUCAUUGUUUUACUCAUUGGUUCAGGUGCAUAUAAACUCAGUUUAUAAAAAGUCAAUAUUCCAGCGCGGUAAAACAACAAACAAACAGGUAAAUAAUCAAGAUGGGCGAAUGGAACCACGGGCUGUUCGGGUGUUUUGACUCGUGCAAGACUUGUCUACUGGUGUAUUUCUGUCCCUGGUAUGUGGCCGGUAUGAUUGCCCAGUCGGUGGGGGAGAACUGCUGUCUGCAUGGGUUCUGCUACUGGUGUUCAAUACCCCUCCCCUGUGGAUGGUUCAACCCCUACAGUUUGAUGUUGCGAACAGGAGUCCGACAAAAGGUGAGAUCAACGCGUGGAAUUGAGAGGAAAGAGAAGGACGACCACCUGCACGUGCUUACCUUGAUGGAAGACGCCCUCUGCGUCCAAGUCUGCGGAGUCUGCGCUCUGUGUCAGGAGUACAAUGAGAUGGAGAUUGCGCGCAAAUAGACCAAGAAUAGAUCGCCGAACAAAAAACAAUUAACAAACACCAACAAGAUUCUAGAAACAACAAUUAAAACCCUGAAGGAUCAGACUGCUCAUUAAGUGAUCCCGAAUAAGUUUUGCUCUAUGAAAUAUUGACAAACUAUGAAGUUUAUACUUUUUUGACUCGUGUGUGGGGUUAGUAAGACAAGAGCCUUGCCUCAAUUCAAUUUGGAUCGAUUG